AGUCACCGUAGUCCUGGCGACUGUUACCCACCAACAACAACGGCUCCGCUCCGACUCCGCCGCCGCCGCCGCCGCCUCCUCCUCCUCCUCCCGCCGCGGCUCCUCCUCACCCCCGUCCUCCUCCUCCUCCUCCUCCUCACCCCGCGGCGCCUCAGCCUCGCCCACCACCACAACCAGCAGCCCGAGCAGCGGCGGCGCCCCGGCAGCCCCCCUCAGCCCAGAAACGACAAUGCAGACAUCAGAGACUGGUUCGGACACAGGUUCGACAGUGACUUUACAGACUUCUGUAGCUGGCCAAGCAGCCGUGCCCACCCAGGUGGUACAGCAAUUACCAGUGCAACAACAGGUUCAGCAAGUGCAAACGGUGCAACAGGUCCAGCAUGUCUACCCAACGCAGGUGCAGUACGUGGAGGGAAGUGACACCGUCUACACCAACGGAGCUAUACGAACAACCACGUAUCCUUACACAGAAACUCAGAUGUACAGCCAAAACACUGGAGGGAAUUACUUUGAUACCCAAGGCAGUUCUGCACAGGUGACUACUGUGGUCUCUUCUCAUAGUAUGGUGGGCACUGGAGGCAUUCAGAUGGGCGUCACGGGAGGACAGCUCAUCAGCAGCACGGGAGGAACCUACCUGAUUGGCAACUCCAUGGAGAACUCUGGCCAUUCCGUGACGCACACCACGCGCGCCUCCCCAGCCACAAUUGAAAUGGCGAUUGAGACACUGCAAAAGUCUGAUGGUCUGUCCACUCACAGAAGCUCUCUUCUCAACAGCCAUCUCCAGUGGCUUUUAGACAACUAUGAAACAGCAGAAGGAGUGAGUCUCCCCAGAAGCACCCUCUACAACCACUACUUGAGACACUGUCAAGAGCAUAAAUUGGACCCAGUCAAUGCUGCCUCUUUUGGAAAACUAAUAAGGUCAAUUUUCAUGGGCCUACGAACCAGAAGACUGGGCACCAGGGGGAACUCCAAAUAUCAUUACUAUGGGAUUCGUGUCAAGCCAGACUCCCCUCUCAAUCGGCUACAAGAGGACAUGCAAUAUAUGGCUAUGAGACAGCAACCCAUGCAGCAAAAACAAAGGUACAAGCCUAUGCAGAAAGUGGAUGGAGUCACAGACGGUUUCACGACAAGUGGUCAGCAGACAGGCACAUCUGUUGAACAAACUGUAAUUGCUCAAAGUCAACAUCAUCAACAGUUUUUGGAUGCGUCUCGAGCACUUCCAGAGUUCGGAGAAGUUGAAAUCUCUUCUCUGCCAGAUGGGACUACAUUUGAGGAUAUUAAGUCAUUGCAGAGUCUCUAUCGAGAGCACUGUGAGGCAAUAUUGGAUGUUGUAGUGAACCUUCAGUUUAGCCUAAUAGAAAAAUUGUGGCAGACUUUCUGGCGCUAUUCUCCCACAACAACAACCGAUGGCACUACUAUUACUGAACCAAGCAAUCUGAGUGAAAUAGAAAGUCGACUUCCGAAAGCAAAGCUGAUUACUCUGUGCAAAAAUGAGUCAAUUCUGAAAUGGAUGUGUAACUGUGACCAUGUGAUGUACCAGACUUUGGUGGAGAUUCUCAUUCCUGACGUCCUUAGACCUAUUCCUAGUGCCUUGACCCAAGCCAUUCGCAAUUUUGCAAAAAGCCUUGAAGGUUGGCUUUCCAAUGCCAUGAACAAUAUUCCACAGAGAAUGAUUCAAACCAAGGUUGCCGCUGUAAGUGCCUUUGCUCAGACUCUGCGAAGAUACACAUCUCUGAAUCAUCUGGCUCAGGCAGCGCGGGCUGUUCUGCAGAACACUUCUCAAAUCAACCAGAUGCUCAAUGACCUCAACCGUGUCGAUUUUGCCAAUGUCCAGGAGCAGGCUUCCUGGGUGUGCCAGUGUGAUGACAACAUGGUGCAGAGGUUGGAAACAGAUUUCAAGAUGACUCUUCAGCAGCAGAGCACUCUGGAGCAGUGGGCGGCCUGGCUGGACAACGUCAUGAUGCAAGCCCUGAAGCCCUACGAAGGAAGGCCAAGUUUUCCUAAAGCAGCGCGGCAAUUUCUCUUAAAGUGGUCUUUCUACAGCUCAAUGGUUAUUCGAGAUUUAACCCUGCGCAGUGCUGCUAGCUUUGGUUCUUUUCAUCUGAUCCGUCUGUUGUAUGACGAAUACAUGUUUUACUUAGUUGAACAUCGUGUUGCUCAAGCCACAGGAGAGACACCUAUUGCAGUUAUGGGAGAAUUUGGUGAUUUAAAUGCUGUGUCUCCUGGAAAUAUGGACAAAGAUGAAGGUAGUGAAGUUGAAAGUGAGAUGGAUGAAGAGCUGGAUGACUCCGGAGAGCCGCAAGCCAAGAGAGAGAAGAGUGACAUGAGCCAGGCCUUCCAGGUGGGCUGCCUGCAACCCGUCCUGGAGAGCGGAGUGCAGCAGAGCCUGCUGAGCCCUCUGCACAAUGAGCACAUUGUGACAGCCACUCAAACUAUCAGACAAUGCAGUGCCACUGGAAACACAUAUACUGCAGUCUAACAGAUAUUAAAGCUCUUUUUUUUCCAGAAUAUAUUAGCCCUGUUGAUGUUGGGCUUAUCAUGGGGGAGGGGAGGGAUGCAAAAAAAGAAGUCUGAAGGUCGACUGUUGUCAAAUUUUAUCUGUGCUUGAACAUUACUUUUACUGGAGUUGUGAAAUGAAAUGAGUGUAUGUAUUUCUCCAGGUCUCUUUUGGAAAAGAAAAAAAAUAUUGGUAAAUACAAUCAUUUUACACUGGCCGCUUAAUAUAAAGAGUUUUCUUAGUUUCAAGAGUCAAGAAGCGUUUUUGAGAAGCUUAAUGUUAAUGUUUUUGUCCUCUUUAUAAUUAAAAGUAAUUUAAUUUUUCAUAGUUUUUACAAAAUAUUUUAAUGUUAACUGUUAGUCAUGGUGAUUUCGUAUAAAUAGGGUUUUAAUUAAUUGCACUCUGAAAUAUCAAGAAUUUUCCUCUUUGAUUUACACUGGAGGCCUGCUCAUUUGACAGCCGCUGCAUUAAACUUGUUAUAGAAAGGCAGCUUUCAUUGGACAGAACUGGAAGAUGCUAUUUUGAUACAUUUCAGAGUGUUCAGGGGUUAUAUUGGAAAAUUUAUUAUGACGCUAGAGAACAUAGACUGUCGUCUUUCUCAGAGGAAGAGCGAUUCUCACGGUUGCAGGAUAAAUGAGAGCUCUGAUCACAUGUGGUAAUGUGUACUUAAUUCCUGUACACAUAACACCAUUACAGACAAUGCAAGCUUCCUCUUGGAAAAAGAAUCAGUUAUUUGCGUACCAACUCCUCUCUUUUAAGACUACUGAUUUCAGGUGCCGUCUGCCCAAGCAGCCGACUCUGUGCAACCUCCGCUGGUUUCAGUCGAGCUUGCACCAGAUUCGGAACUGUGCUGGGGGGGUGAUGCACCUCGUAAACACAGGGGACCACCACCCAGAUGCUUUCUGCUCUUCAGUGGGACUGUCGAUGCUUGAGACUGAAGCUAGGAAAAGAAAAGGAAAGCAUCUUGAUUAUUAUUUUUUAAGUGUACGUACUACUUAUGCUGAACUGGACAUGCAGGAAACCAUUCCUUUCAGAUGACUUUUUUUAUUCCAUGUCCUUUUCCCCGUGAUAGUUCAAUCUGCUGCUCUUGUUAAAGAUAGUUUAUAGGAUGCAAGGAAUGUAGCAACCUGCAUUGUAACUUUGCUCAAAAUAAUUCCUGGUUCUUAAGUGGAUUUCAUUUUAUACAAAAAUGUCUAAAAGGCAGUGAAACUGGCACAUGUCACUUGUACUUAUUUCCCAAUUGCGUAGAAUUUGAAUAGGUGGCUAGACGGACCAUUGCCAUUUAAGAAUGUACAUCAGGGAUCACUGUACCUCGGCUAUUACAUGGUGCCUUAAACAGAACUGAAGCUAAGAUUUUCUUGUUAAUAACUCUUGCAUUGAUUCAGCAAAGUGUGCCUGUCUUCUUUCUUUCUUUCUUUCUUUCUUUCUCCCCUCCUCCCCCAAGUCCCCAAACAGUAGAAGGGCAGGUUACAGAGUUUUCAAAAAUCAAGAUUUUCUUUAUUUAUUUAUUAGAUACACUAUCCCGCUUAGAGUGACGGCAUAUUUCUUCUUUAUAGCUGAAUUUCACUUUAUUACUAAUCAGAUUUUCUUGGUGGGGAGGGGAGUGUAUGAAAAACAAAACUAGCUUUAACAAUGUCAAAGGUCAACAAAAUAGGUUAGCCAAUUUCCAAACAAGAAUUUAUAUAUAUUUCUAAACCCUUAUCUACUUUUAAUUUUUAAAAAGUAAAGAAAGCAAAACUUUUUAAAGCAGCAUAUAGUUACAAUUUGUGCACAUGUGUGUGUGUGUGGGGGGGGUCAGCCUGCUGUUUCAUUUACUGGUUAAAUCAUACUAUAUGGGCUUUUUUUGUUUUGCUUUUGUCUAAUGACCUGUUACAAGUAUAAUGGAUUAAACAUGUCAUUGGUUGAAAAUAUACCUGAAUUUCCUUAGUUUGA